AUAUACUGUCUGAGAUAUAUAAAUAAUAACUUUAAUUCUAAGAAGAGCGCUCUGUAUAAUAUCAGUUAUUUAUUAGAUAUAAAGAUAUUUAUUCUAUAUUAUUUCUAUUCCGCGGGAAAGAAGACUUAUAAUCUUAUAGAUUUUAUAUAUUUUAUAUUAUAUAUAUAUAAUUUACUAAUAUCUCUUAAGUCUAUAAUUAAUCUGCUAGAAAACACUUGUGAUUUUAUAAAGAUUAUUAAAUAG